GGAGUAAUUCAUUGUGUACAACUCUUACAUUGCUAUCAUUGGUUGAUUUUAUCACAUGAUGCAGUUUGAUCAGGAAACAUUAGUAGUUAUUUUCCAUGCGGUCGGCUCCAGUCUCCUUAUCCUGUUCUCACUCUGUUUGUGCCUUGAGAAAGCUUCGCUUAGACUCACUGAUAGACCACUGUUACCAGUUCUACACAUCCACCCACAUCCCCACCACAAGUGUAUCCUUUACAGCUGAGGAAACGCACUCCAAACAACAAUGGCGGUCCAUUUACGAGUCAUUUUAGAAGAACACAACAUUCAAAAGCUGAAACUUCCAACAGGAAUUCCAAAUACAGUGGAAGAACUUGUUUCCAUAGUUACUGAAACGUUUCAAUUGCCUGGUGAAAUUGGACUACUAUACCUAGACAAAGACUUUGACAGUGAGUUUUUCAGUGUCACCUCAACUGCUGACUUGUAUGACAAGGCCACUGUUAAAGUGAUCCUAAAAGAGCCAACGAUAACCCUUGACCUACAGCCAGUACUUGAAUCAUCUACAUUGAGUUCAGUGAGCACCUAUCCUGCAAGUACUACUGAAACGGACACCUGCCCUGCAGAUCAUGAUGCAUCCUCAGAGGUGUCAAACUGUGCAUCGUCAAGUUCCAGUGACACCAUUACUCUCCCUGAUUCAUGUCGCUCUGCUGCAUGGCCAGUGCCAUUCCAAGUACCGGAGUUUUCCCGAGACCUAGAACUCAUCCUCGCAGAGGCAAACAACUCAUAUGAUGCCACUGGAAGACACUUCAUGGAUGCCAGUGUUAAAUCAGCAAUAAUGCAAGAUCUUGCAAAAGUAUUUUUUUCUUACACUGCUUACCCAACCAAUGAGCAAAUCCUCUCUGUGGCUGAAGCCUUGGUUUCUAAGUUUCCGUGUCUUAGGGAGCCGGGAUCAUUUACAGGGUUAUAUGGCUGGCAGCAGCGCAUAAAAAACAAGAUGCACAAUUACCGUGCCAAGCUAAGAUCUCGAAAAUAUUCUUACCCAGAAAUUGAAAUCAACACCUUAAAAAAGAAGCAUCCAGGUGAUGCAGUGCCUUCGAAAAAUAUAAAAAAAAAAGCAGAGGUUAAUUACCUCCCUCCACACCCUACUGGUGAAAGCCAAGAGACUCUGGAGAAAGAGAGGCUUGAAUUAAUUUGUGAAAUUACAAAGAAAAACAAUGCAAAGAUAAUUGCAGAUAAAAUGAAUAAAACCUUCUCCAGCCGAAGAGUUGAAGUGGUCAGCCUCAGCCCCUCUGUGGGUGUGUUUAAAGAAAGGUGGCCAGCAUUAUUCACUGAGGCUCAGAUCAAGGAGGAGUUUAGGCGCAUUACAACAGUGUCCUUGGAGGAGACAUUCAUGCGAAAGCUCGAUGAGUACACACUAGGUCUUUUGCGGCUAAUGCGUGCCAAAGGAGGAGCAGCUGGUUGCAAGAUGCGUCCUCUGCUGGACACUUUAAAUGACAUUGUUGUCUGCUGCCUCAUUAACUACCUCGGUGAAAGACAAGAAGAUCUUUUCCUUGCCUGCCAAGAAUGUGAGGACUACACAGACAAAACAUUGAAGGUGAUUGUGAAGCACAAUGUCAUGGCUGAGGAGGACCCAUCAGAUUUAACUAUUGUGAUCGAGGGAAACCAAGUGAUGGAAGGAUGUGGAAGCCGAACAAAGGCAUGCAUACUGCUGAUGGGACUCAUUUAUGCAAUCAACAUCGAAUAUCCAAAGGAGCUGAAAAACACGUUUGAAGCUUUUCAAAAACUUUUUUUGGAAAUUGACGGGGCAAAACUCCCGAAAAAGGUCCACAGCCUCAAAAAUAAGCUCAUGCAGUAGACACACAUUUCCCCUCUUGUUUGAAAGAGGAUCUUUUCUUUGGACAUGAUUUUAAUGUAGUUGAAAUGGAGUGUAGUUUUAUAUUUUUCUUCUUUUUCCUUAUUUGCUACACAUAAAGACACAGAUCCAUCCACUCUCUAUCAGCCCAUUGCUCUGUGUGUUUUCACACAGAUUGACAGAAAAGGAAUACCAAUAGAAAGUGACCUGAAAAAUUUUGAUCUCUCCUUCUCCAUUUGUUUCUUUUAUUCUCAUCCUAUCUUUAAGAGUGAGAGCAAGCUCAAAUAUUAAAGAAUGUUGCGGUUCUGUUUUAUCUUUAUCCAAAUAUUUGAUACUGUACGCACAGAAACAACCAUGUGGAGUUUGUGUGUGUGCUUUUGAUUUUUAAAAUAGAAAAAGUGGCAUGUGUUGUUUAGAGUAGCCAAUUAUCCAGAAACAACAUUUGAAACUUAUCUUAGUGAGUUAUAAAAGGAGUCAAUUUUUUCAUGGUUGUGUGAAGCUGUUGUACUUUAUUUAGCACUUCAUUCUGUGUUUUUUGAUAAUUUGGUGCAUCAUUAUGCAUAUAAACAAGGCUGUUCUGUUAUUUGUUAUAUGAAUGUACCUGUACCACAGAUUUGUUCAGUCACUGUUAUGUAAAUCUGAAAAGAAACCAAAAGAGUUUAGUCUAAGAGUUUAGAUACAAGAAAAUCUUAAAGUUAUUGGACAUCCAGCACUGCUCUGAUCUCCUCAUUUCUCCGUUCAUUUUCUCUUCUCUGCUGCCUUCUCUCCUCACUUCUCUUUUCCACUCUGAUCUGGAUGUCCUAAAACAGGGAUAUGUUUUAUUAUCCAACAUUUUUGAAACAACAUUUGAUUGUGAUUUGUAAAACAGGUUCUACUUGAAAUGUUGUGUAAAGCUGUUGUUGUGUAAAGGUGU